ACAGGAAAAGCGUCUCCUCGCUUCCCUUCGGCUUCUGGUGAGUCCGCCUGGAUUCAUUUAGCCCCCGACACCAAACUUAAUUUUCGUCCGAGGCCAAAAUGGAAACUCAUCCGCCCAUCGCAGCGUCGUUAUUUUUUAUCUCGGCUGCCACUGCAACGACGCUGGCCCUUUACAGCCGGAAGCACAAAAAAGUCGCAUUUUUCCGCGGCCCCGACAUGUUGCAUCCACCUCCUGCCUCAUCAGAGGAAGGCGGUCAGGCCCCCUCCGGGGCCAAAGUAAUCAAAUACAAGUCGGUCAAAGACUCGAAACUUUCCUCUGAACUCAGCAUCAAAGACCUGGAGUGUGCGCACAUCCACCAGGCCAACCUGCUGGAGAUCCCUAACCUGGGAAAGACUUUCAAAGGUGCCCACGUCCAGAAUCUUUCUCAGAUGAGCGGAACAACCUCGGGAGAAUCGAUUGCGUACAACAAAUUGCUGGGCCACCAAGACGGGAUUAUUGCUGAUAUUGUCCGACGGGAGGGUUUGCCUCCUGAGACGAAAGUUUACGUCCGCGCGGGUCCGCGCAAAGAGCUCCAUUUCGAGCCUGAGAAGGUGCGCGCGGCCAUAGUCACGUGUGGAGGCCUCUGCCCCGGGCUCAAUAAUGUCAUCAGGGAGCUUGUCAAUUCGCUUUUUCAUCUCUACAGGGCCCAGUCGGGCGUGUACGGGAUCCGCGGAGGGUUCUCCGGCUUCCAUGACGCGCACCGUCUGCCCAUCAUGCUCACCCCGGAGCUCGUGGAUCAGAUCCAUCACGAGGGAGGGACGAUCUUGGGGUCCUCCCGGGGCGGGUUCGAUAUCGACAAGAUCAUCCACUUCCUGGAAGAGAAGCAAAUUUGCCAGCUGUACAUUAUUGGCGGGGACGGGACGCACCGUGGAGCGAACAAGAUCGGGGAGGAGUGCCUGAAGCGAGGCCUGAACAUCGCCGUGGUGGGCAUCCCCAAGACCAUCGACAACGACGUGGACUUGAUCGACCGAUCCUUCGGGUUCCAGACCUCGGUGGAGGCAGCGCAGGCGGCGAUCCGAUGCGCCAAGACGGAGGCGAUUUGCAACUUGCCGAACGGGAUCGGGGUGGUGAAGCUGAUGGGCCGCUCGGCCGGUUUCAUCGCGGUGCAUGCCACGUUGGCGAGCGGGGACGUGGAUUUGUGUCUGAUCCCGGAGGUGCCCAUAGUCCUGGAGGGAGAGCGGGGUUGUCUGCCCCAUUUGGCCCAGCGCGUGCAACAAAAAGGGCACGCGGUGGUGGUGGUGGCGGAAGGGGCGGGGGAGGAGCUGUUAGGCCAGUCGGCGGAAAAGGACGCGAGCGGGAACAAGAAACUCCCGGCCAUCGGCCAGUUCUUGAAGGAGAAGAUCGGGAUCUACUUCAAGUCCCAGGGGCAGCCGUCCACGGUCAAGUACAUCGACCCUUCCUACAUGGUCCGCUCCGUCCCCGCCAAUGCCGCCGACUCCAUCUACUGCUCCCUCCUCGCCCAGAACGCGGUCCACGGUGCCAUGGCGGGCUUUACUCAGUUCACGGUGGGCCUCUGCAACAACCGGCUCGUUUACUUGCCCAUCCCCCUGGUGGUGGCGACCAGCCCUCGAGUCAUGGAUCCCGUGGGUCGGACCUGGGAGAGGGUCUUAAGUGUGACGCGCCAGCCCAACACGGCCAUACAGCUG